ACACGCUCAUUUCAGUUCAUGGAUCUUUCUCCUAACGAGCUGAUGAUCUGAAUCAGGUGUGUUAAAUGAGGGAAACAGAAAAUGUGCAGAGCGUUGGGCCCCGAGCACAGGAGUUGCGAACCGCUCUUCUAAUGGGCGCUGAGACCACAGGUUCUCAUGAGAUCACAGAUUUAGUUCAUGUGUGAUCACAGUCUGAAUGUGAGGUGAUGACGAGAGAUACUGACAUUUGUACACUGAAAAUGUUUUGGAAUGCACUGCUGAAUUUGUUUCAUCAUCUGGUUGGCCAGCAGAUUCCGUUUGUUGUGAUGUUUGCGAAGGACACGAGGAGCUCAGAGCGGAUGUGAGUCAGUGACUCAGUUGAAGACUCGUUCAUUCCACACGAUCCGCCAGCGACUCACUGACCUCAAUAACACACACUUACUUCCAGUCCGCUGGAGCUGUUUGCAAACAUGCGAUUAUUCAUGUCCCUGCUUCAUUCUCUCCUUCACUGAGAGCGUUUGUGUUCACAGACUCUGGGAAAGGCAUCAGGAGCAUCUGACACACUGAUUCAUUUCUGCCAAAUGCGUCAAAAUUGCGAGUUUAAGGAGUCCGACAGUAAAUAUAGUCUGAACUGAGCAAAACGGCGUCGUUUGUUAUGAUGGGUGAGAAUAUCAGUGAAUGAUUGACUUAUUUUGAUGUCAUCAGGGGAAGAUUCAAACAGAAUCGUCUUAUUAAAACUGAACACAGAGCAUCUGUUGGUGAAGAUGAUUCCUCCUGGAGACUGUCUGUACGCUGGGAGGAAGAGGAGGAAACCCAUCCAGAAACACAGAAAACCAGUGGCAGUGACUGAAAAGUCCAACCCGUCGAAGCGGCACCGCGACCGCCUGAACGCUGAGCUGGACCGUCUGGCCAGCCUGCUGCCCUUCUCACCCGAGAUCAUCUCCAAACUGGACAAACUGUCCGUCCUGCGUCUGAGCGUCAGCUACCUGCGGGUCAAGAGCUUCUUCAGCGCAGCUGCUCAGGAAAACCCUCGUGAGAAACACGUGAGCGGGAAGGAGAGCGACACGGCGGCCACCGGCGUCCCUGAAAGCCAGAUGCUGCUAGAGUCUCUAGCAGGUUUUGCGCUGGUCGUGAGCAGUGAUGGGAAAGUCUUCUACGCCUCCUCCACCAUAGUCGACUACCUGGGCUUCCACCAGACAGAUGUGAUGCAUCAGAACGUGUUCGAUUACAUUCAUGUGGAUGACCGGCAGGAGUUCAGACGCCAACUGCACUGGGCCAUGAAUCCUUCGGCCCAAAGCGGCGAGCAGCAGUUACCCGGCGGCGCGGGUGAUGAUUUCGUGGUCAGCAGUUUGUUUCAGUCGGAGGAGACGGGCGACGUUCCUCCAGAGUUCUGCUGCUUCCUAAACCGCUGCUUUAUCCUGCGCGUUCGCUGCUUACUGGACAGCACGUCCGGAUUUCUGACGAUGCAGUUUCAGGGACGACUGAAGUUCCUUCACGGUCAGAGGAAGAAGACGGCGUCCGGAGCCCUUCUGCCUCCUCAGCUGGCGCUGUUCUGCGUGGCCGUGCCGCUCCUCCUGCCCUCCGUCGCCGAGAUGAAGAUGAAGAGCGGCGUGAUGAAGGGCAAACACAAGAGCCCCGGCGUUCUCACCUCACUAGAUUACAACGACAGAGACGAUCCUCUCAGACGUCACGUGCUUCUGAGCGGCGGAGCGGAGCGGCCGCACGUGAGCAAAGACAACUUCAAGUACAAGAGCGAAGGUCACUACGGUCUGGACGAGCCUUUGAACUUCUGCAAAUCGACCGGUCAGAAGUUCACCAACCUGGACUGCGGCGCGUGGCCCUCGAGAAGCCCCUCCGUCCGGUCGACGAUCGACCUGCUGCCCGGCGCUCGGCCCGGCAAACACGCGCACUACGGAAAACCCUACCGAUCUGCCUCCGGGUAUUACGCCAACAGAGCCGACGCCUUCGUCCCGAAGCCGUACGGGAACGUCGCGCACAGCGACUACGCCGCGGACGGCAUCAAAAACGAGAACUUCUGCUACGAAGGGCCCGGCGACGGAUACGACGUGCACGUGAUGGUCGAGCCGCCCAUAAAGGUGGAGCAGGACUCGGACUCGGAGAACGGCUGCGACGGCUACGGUCGCUCGUGGACGGAUCGCGAACGCUUCCCGAGCGCCUACGACGGCACGCAGAUGAAAGCGGAGGGCGGAUACGACGAGCAGUAUUCCUCCUGUCAGAGGCUGAAAGGAACGACCUACGGCAGCCAUUAUCCCUCGAACGCUUUCGGCGGGACGGCCCGACCGCUCAAGUGCGUCCUAAACAGAGAAGCGCCGGCUUUGAGCCCGCUGGACUCACACUGCGUGGAGGCCUACGCUGCCGACUACAAAGGGUUCGUGCAGCACGACUACAAAGCGGGUUACGAGUUCAAAGGGCACGGGCUGCUUCACUGCAUCAAACAGGAGCCUGUCGACGCUCCGCUUUGGCACGACGGCGGCCACAUCCACGGCGCCGGCCAGAGGAACGCCAUGACGAACUGUGCCGUGAGCGGCGGCGCGCAAAAGAUCAACCCGUACGUCUUCAUGCAGUAGUGCUUCACUUUCAAAUCUGUCAGUUACUCCUUUUGAAACUGGAAAUUCAUGUGGUGCGUUUCAAACCCACAAUCAUCCCGUUACUCACGCACACACACAAACAAACACAUCACUGCAAAAUAAUUCUCUUUUUUUUCCAGUACAAAUGUGUAAACAUCCUUAAAUCCAGAUACAUUUACUUAAGAAGCAAAAUGACUUGAAUUUAUUGAGAUUUGAUUUCUGAAAAAGUGUUUAAGUGAGUUUAUGAUUGAAACAAGUAUCUCAGUGGGGAAUGAAAAACCUUUUUUUUUUUUUACCAUUGAUUUUUUUGGGGGUUUUUUCUGAGCCCAUUGGCAGAUAUUUGUUCUUGUUUUAAACCUAACCUCACUCAUUUAGAUAUUGGAUAUUAUCACUUACUUAGAUAUAUUCAUUUUUGCUUGUAUCCUGAGUCAAGAAUAUUUCGAUUUUUGUACUGGAAAAUAGGACAAAUAUACAGAGUAAGAAAAUCUUUUUCUCGGUGUAGCAGCACUGUUGGGUUCAGAUUUUUGGCGUCUGGUUUAGAUUUUCUUUGGUGAGUUUUCAUUAUAUAUUUCUUCUAUGCACUUUUUGUAUAGUGAGGCUAAUAUGUCUUUCUCAGUUUGUGAGAAACACGGACAAAUAAAAGUUACUAACAUAAAGAGGACAGCAGAAAAAUGAUAAAACAAUCUGAAAUUAUUUAGAUUAUUUCAUUUGAAAUGGUAAAAGAGAAGGAUUCAUUUGAAGGUUCAGGAUUUGCUGAGAGUCUAUUACAUUAUUACAAUCAUUGGUUUACUUUUGGGAGCUGUUCUAUUAAAGCAUUUCAAAUGCAUGUUUAUUAAUUAUGUAAAGGUAUAAAAACUGAAGGAUUUCAUCUGAAGUUUGUGUUCAGAUAUCAGAA